AAUGCGACUGCCAUACCGAAAUAAGAAGGUCACCCUGUGGGUGCUCUUCGGCAUCAUCGUCAUCACCAUGUUCCUUUUCAAAUUCACCGAGCUGCGGCCCACAUGCCUCUUCAAGGUGGACGCCACCAACGAGCUGGCCUCCCAAAUGGUACGCGUUGAGAAAUACCUCACAGAUGACAAUCAACGCGUUUAUUCAUACAACCGUGAGAUGCCAUUAAUAUUCAUAGGCGGCGUGCCCAGAUCUGGGACGACUUUGAUGCGCGCCAUGCUGGAUGCCCAUCCCGAUGUGCGCUGCGGGCAGGAAACACGCGUCAUUCCGCGCAUCCUGCAACUGCGCUCACACUGGCUGAAGUCCGAGAAGGAGUCGCUCCGCCUGCAGGAGGCCGGCAUCACCAAAGAGGUCAUGAACAGUGCCAUCGCGCAGUUCUGUCUGGAAAUCAUCGCCAAGCACGGCGAACCGGCGCCGCGUUUAUGCAACAAGGAUCCGUUGACGCUUAAAAUGGGCUCCUAUGUCAUCGAGCUAUUUCCGAACGCGAAAUUCCUAUUCAUGGUGCGCGACGGCCGGGCGACAGUUCAUUCGAUUAUAUCGCGCAAGGUGACAAUCACCGGCUUCGAUUUGAGCAGCUACCGCCAGUGCAUGCAGAAGUGGAACCACGCCAUCGAGGUGAUGCACGAGCAGUGCCGGGACAUUGGCAAGGACCGCUGCAUGAUGGUCUACUAUGAACAACUGGUCCUGCAUCCGGAGGAGUGGAUGCGCAAGAUCCUGAAAUUCCUGGACGUGCCAUGGAACGAUGCGGUGCUGCACCACGAGGAGUUCAUCAACAAGCCCAAUGGUGUGCCGUUGUCCAAGGUGGAACGGUCGUCGGACCAGGUGAUCAAGCCGGUGAACCUGGAGGCGAUGUCCAAGUGGGUGGGCCAGAUACCCGACGAUGUGGUGCGCGACAUGGCCGACAUAGCGCCAAUGCUGUCCGUGCUCGGCUACGAUCCGUAUGCGAAUCCGCCGGACUAUGGUAAGCCCGAUGCAUGGGUGCAGGACAACACGUCGAAGCUAAAGGCCAAUCGAAUGCUGUGGGAGAGUAAGGCUAAGCAAGUGCUGCACAUGUCCAGCGAGGAUGACAACUUCAACACCAUCAUCAACAAUAGCAACAAUAAGGAUAACAGCAAUAAUAAGUACACAAUCAAUAAAAUUCUACCAGAACAACACAGCAGACAGCGGCAACAUGUACAUCAGCAGCAGCAGCAGCAACAUCUGCAACAGCAGCAGCAACAAGAGCAUGGGCAACAUGAGCAACAAGAGCAAAAUGAGGAGGAGACCGAGUCGGAAAGGGAAGCGGAACCGGAUCGAGAACAACAAUUGUUGCAUCAAAAGCCAAAGGAUGUCAUUACGAUAAAGCAGCUGCCAUUAGCCGGCACCAACAAUAGAGAGGACCCCAUGGCGGAUACAUGAUAUCCGCACAUACCCAUAAGACUGCCGCGUGGCAAGCAUUGAACAUGGAACAUGGAACCUGGAACCUGAAACCUGGAACCUGAAACCCGGGACCUUGGCUGCCGAUAAGGAUAACGAUAAUGAUAACUGUUGCGUUGCUGCUACUGCCGCUGCUGGAAACCCAAUUUUAAAUUGUAUUAGCUGGGACAUUUACACGCUUGAUAUGUGUAUAUGCAUAUGUUGUAUUUGUACUAAUGCUUCUUAUAGUUACCAAAAAAAAAAAAAAAAAAAAACACAAAAAACAAAAAAGAAAACAAACGUAGUUAAAACUUAAGCACAGAACGUUUCGUGACGAAAAGACUUAAAGUUGCAGGGAGAAAUGCCAAUUUAAAAGCCAACCGCACCCUUAAAUCCAUAUUAAUUUAAUUUAUGCCUUAAUGUCUCUUAACUGGAUUUACCUUAAUGUGGGCUGGGCGUUGAAUUAUUUAAUUUAUUGUGCAGUGAAACACUUCAUUUGCUUCGUUUGUUUGUUUAAAUGGUCAUUGCAAUAUCUACUACCUUAAUUACCGGCUAAUCGUAUUCAGUUGAUAAGCUACUUAAUUGAAAUAUUGCAUUAACAUAAUUUAGCUGGAGCUCUGACUUAAUGCGAUUUAUGUUAUAAUUUAAAUGCGACUUAUAUCUGAUAGUCUUACUUUUAAUUAAACGGUUGGCAUUCACCCCUUCCCCCGGCGUCUUACAGUCAAGAAACGCACUGUGUGUCCAAAUCUUAAUGAAUGUGUUGCAAAAAAAAGCAAAAUAGGAAAGCCACCAUAAGAAGCUGAAGAAAGAACAAGGCGUAAUUGCAAUUGAAAGUCAUUGCAGGCACUCACCGACCUCCUCUACGAUUUAAAUCUGAACUUUUUCAUUUAGUUUAGAUGUCUUUUUUAAGCCUUUUUUGUACUAAUGUUUUUUGAGAGACUCGUGUCGGUUUAUCACUUAGAAACUCU